UGAGAAACGGAGCGAUGCUCGUCGUCUGACCGCGGUUCACCGGCGACAGACUGGACCGUAGAUCACACCGGACCCCUCUGGAAUUAGGUCUGGAGGACGAGACACGAGCAAUAACCGGAACCAUGGUGACCAAGAAAAUCCGGACGGAGUAUAUGAAGAAGUUCAAAGAUCCCAAAUGGGAGACGUUUUCCAAAUGCUACGAGGACUCUCUGAAGUACCGACUGACCCGGCGCGUGAUGGAGCAUUCCCACAAGCCCUGGUUCUGGGACGGCUGGGACUGCGGCUCCGACUCCAGCGGCUGGUCCACGCCCAGGCUGACCCGGAACAAAGUCGCCCCUCUGUCGCUCCCACCGCCGCCGCCACCGUCUGACGAGGUGAAGCAGAGGCUGUGGGAGCUGAAGAUCAGUCCUGGACCGAAGGAGAAGGAGGCAGAGGAAGGAGCGGGAGAGGCCGCAGUUGUAGACGCUGCACCGACCACAGCAGCGGUUGUAGAAAACGGUGUGAACGAAGUCAGCGGGGGUUCGGUGACGGCAGGUCCGAACACCAGCGGACCCUCAGACGACACAGCGACAGACGACGGGCCGGCUGACACACCGUCGUCUGACGGGGAGCCGGUGGUGGAGCCGGUGAACGCAGUACCGAGAUGGCGUCGCCGCCGCCGCCACCACAACCCCCGCUCUCAGCCAGGAGAACCAGAAAGUUCCCAUGACGGCAAACCAGCUGUCGUCCGCAAACCACCAAGAGCAAAGAGCCAACCACCGAUCAGCACCAAGGAGAACCGGAGACCGUCCAGCCGACUGGACUGGACCGAGAGACAGACGGAGGUCAGGAGGAUGCCCAGUGAUAGCCACACGUCCGACGCCUGCGUUCAGACCCGGCGGGAGUCCGACAAACGGAGCUCCAACCUGGACCGGCGGCGGGCCCGGUCGGCCGACCUGGAGAAGGUGAGGCGGUCGCAGUUGACGGUGGUGGACGACCGCUGGAUGACGGAGUACAUGCGUUGCUUCUCCGCCCGGCUGAGGUAGAGGCAGGAUCCGCCCACGAUGCCUGAAAACCAUGUUUCCUUAUUGGAGAGUGAAUAUCAGACGGUGGCCGAGUUCGUCUGUUCAGUAACAAAGAAACCGAGAACCAUUUUGUCUCAUUACAGUCCAUCAUACUGACGCUCUGCUCGCUGUCCUGUCUCCUUCCAAAAUAACACAGAACAAUGACGUGAAGAAGUGGGCAAAGUUUUUUAUGUAGAAUUUAACUUUUCUCAAAACAAAUUUCAGUUUAACCUCAAUACUGAGACAGAAGAUCAGUAUAAUCAGUAUCAAUAUGAUUAUUAAUCGGCCGUGCUGCCUUCAGGAGGCUCCGUCUCCUCUGUGGCUGAAUUCAAAUCAAAAUUUAUUUCCUGAAAUUAUUCUGUAAAGCUCAGCCUCGAACUUGAGCCCAUCACAUUUAAAAUGAGACCCAUUCUAAGCGUGUGAUUGGCUGUUUCUUACCGCAGUGCUGUCUGGGACUUGUAGUUGUUAUGGACACUUUUGUGGCUGGUAGUUUGAGUGUGAUGCCUCUUCUGAAAUUAGAAACGCACCAACAUGCUAACAUCAUCUAUGCAAACACAUGAACAUGACUUUGACUCUUUGUUCCCCGACGAGCUGAUUUAACUCUGCCACUCGUUACGUCUUGUUCUGCAACAAACAAAAACCUGGAUCCUUCAAACGCGACUGUUAUCAUUUAAUAAUGGACGUUAAUGGUUUAUUAUCCAGAUGUGUGUUUUUACACCGACAGCAGAUUUAACCUGGAAGAACAGGUUUGAUCAGAUGUGAUGGACUCAAAUGUUUCUCUCUGGUUCUCUGUUUCUGUACAAGGUUUUUUUUUGCAGUUUGACAACGAAGAAACAUCAGAGAAUUAACUCUUUAUAAUCUUUUAUAUAUAAAAAAGAAAUAUCACACCCAGAUCACUUUUUGAAUGUAUCUCAUUUCUGAGCAGGAAAGUCUUCAGACUCGCUGCUGUGCUUUCGUUUAGCUGUUAAUCUUCUUUCGUUUCUCUCUCUCAAAGGCAGCUGUGUGAUUAUAACUCAGUGUUUGAACCAGAGGCAGCAGAAAGGACCAAAAUAUUGGAGAUAUAUGGAGAAUAUUUUUGAUAUUUGAGUAUUUUGGAAUUUAAGGACUCGAGUUUAGAUGAGAAAAAAAAACUACUAAUGGGUGGUUUAACAGAAAUAUAGAAACACAAGAUUUAUCUAAUAAGAUUAGUAUUUAAGGUAUUUUCAGAGUUAAAAACUAUAUUUAAGAUGUGCUAGCUUUAUAAUCAUCUCUGUUUUAAUAAAUUAAAUGCACUUAAUUUAAAUCAGUGGACUGUUAGACGUUGAUGUCUCAGAGUUUAUUUGGCAUUUAAUCAGGUUUUCACUCGUUAACUUUACUGAAAAAAUAACCUGCCAUGCUAACACGGUGCUUUUCUGUUCACUGCAGUGCUAAACACAAACCUUAUUUCUCUUAAUUCAGCGUCUUGGGAUUAUUAUUAUUAUUAUUAUUAUUAUUAUUAUGAUGCAACAGUAACGACUUGAUUCAAAGUUUUCAUCAUAUCUGAUAAAAAUGAUAAUGUUUGUAUAGAAAUCAGUGUGUUCGAACGUCUGGGUCUGGAAUUUCCUGCUAAUUUUCUGGAAAGAGUAAUUUAAAAAAAAUAAAGAUAAUGUUGAGUUGGCACAUUUACAGUUACUUAAUUCCAGAAGAUAAAUAACCCAUGGAGUCUUUUUUUUUUUUUUCAAAAUGCCAGAAAAUGGUUAAACACUGAAGAUACUCAGUUUACUUUCAUAUGUGAAGAAGCAUCAAAUCUUUACAUUUCAGAAGCUGCAAACUAAAAAUAUUUGAUGUCAUAAAAAAAUGGCUAAAACGAUGAUUUUAUAUUGUCUGAUCAGUUAAUCAAGUUAUCGUUGCAGCUCUAAAGCACACACUUUAAAAUCUAUGAAGACUAAAGGUUCCAGUGAUACUGUAGAUAAAUAAUGAACAAAUAUUUACUUGUUGUAAACGGAGCUACACAGAACUCAUCACUCAUCAUUUUCAGAAAAGAAAAUUAUUGGUGAAUUAUUGACCCGAAAAUAAAAACGUUAUCACACGUACCUGCAAAAAAACCCGGACUGAGUUUCCAGUUUCCUCUUUAACGUUUGCUGUUAAAACCCAGUGAUGAUGCUAAACAGGAAAAAAGGGAAAGAGAACAUUUUAGUAGUUUUAGAUUUUAAGAGCGAACCACCUCUGUGUAUUUUCACCACUCUGUGUGUCGAUCGUGGACGUUUAUAUUUUAAACUUUAUCUGUUUGCAUCAAAUCAAACUGACUGUGAAGAAAAGUGAAAACUCUGGGUGUUAAGUGUCGUAGUGAAGAAACGUUGAUCGUUUGUCAGAGUAACUGAAGACUGUAAAUACAUGUUGACGUCGCUGGUUGCAUCCAGUGACUGAGGGCUAAUGAUCACGACUAACGCACAUUUUGUGAUUAUACUUUUCAAACUAAAUGCAUAUAAAUUCACUGAGAAUGUUUUUUGAUCUCACACCGGCUCAACCUCCUCACGCUGAAUGUGCAGAACUGCAAAGCUGUUUAUUUCUGUUUGUUUACUACUUUUGUUUGCUUUUUAUUUUCACGAGUCACAUCCAGAAGUUUGUUUCUGUGACGUCAGGUCAUUUGUGAGUCCAGUCUGAAACAACACGGUGCUGUUACAUGUUUCAGGUUGUGUUUCUGUUUGUGUUGAUGUGACUUUACUCAGCUUUUCUCAUGAAGAAUCAAGAAUGAAAACACAGAAAAUCUCAAGUAUUUUCACUUUUUUUGCUUUUGUUUUAAACAUCAGAAAUGUUUGUGGCUUUAAUGUCUUCAGCAUGAUUUGAUUUGUCAACAUUUACUGUAAAAAUAAAUAAAUAAAUCGACUGUCAGCAGGUGAAGGUGAAGUCAGAGCUGCAAAACAGAUUAUUCAGAAGAAAAUGUUAAUGAUUCCUGCUGACAUAAAACGGUUUACAGGCACUGAUCCUCUGUUUAAGCUUCAGAUAGAAUUUACAGCGGUGAUGUUAAAAGUUCUGAAGUUUGAAGAGGUUUUCGCGUUUAACUCCGUGACCUCCUGUUUCCAAACAAACACACAGUGAAAAAGGUUUUUAUGUUUCUGAAAAAGUCAGUACAACAGGAGACAAGUGAACCGUUUAUAGUUUGGAAAACAUCAAUGACAAACUUUGGAAAAUGAUUUUUGAUUUUUAAAUGUUUAGACAGAUUAAAGAAAAUCCCUGUUACCACGCAUCAGAAAAUGUUUCUCACGUAUUUAUACACAAGUUGUUGUGUUUAUCUUUGUUUUGGUACCUGAUGAGUUGGUUUCUGAGAAUCUGAACAAUCAGACAAACUGGUUGAACUGUUACUGAUGAGUUAAUCUGACAGUGGAAUAAUGAAAAAUCUCGUAUUUAAGAUAAAACAAACAAAAAAAUAUAAGCUUUUGCAUAUAAGGAGUUUGUGCUGGAGAAAGUGUUUGUUUGGUGUAUCUCUGCUAAAGCUUUGAAUUUAUUUCCCAGUGUGGUUUCUUGGCAGAAGAUUAAAUGAAUACAUCUGAAUAUUUAAUCACAUUUUCCAUCCAUUGAUGUUUACAUUUUUGGUCACUGUAUUUGUAUUUGAAAACAUGCACAGUAAUAUAUAUAUUUUCAUCCACUUUAAGGCG